AUGAAGGCCAUGAAGGAAGCCGCAGAUCGGGGAGAAACUGAUGACACUCCAGAAGAGAUAUUUAACAAAGUUCGUAAUGCUGGAUGUUCGGGUAAACGUCGUCGCAAGGCUCAUCCAACUGACUACAGUUUAUACCAGAAAAAAGAAGAAGAAAUGGCCGAAUUGAAAGUAAGAAUGGCAUCCUUGGAACAGGAAAACAAAAGGCUUAAGAAAGAAACAGGUACGAACGCGACAAAGAAGUGGUUGAAUGAAUAUCUUGUUAAAAAUGGCAUGCCGUCUAUGGAAUUAUCAUCUGAAGAUGAAGCCGAAGAUGAUGAUGAUGAAGAUGCUGAUGUGCACGGGAGUCAAAUUCAUGAACAUAGAGAUGCCUUUGAAGGUAGUGAUAUGGAAGCUGAAGAGGAGGAUGUAGAGGCCUUUGCAGAUGGUCAAGAAGAAGGUGACGAGGAGAAUCCAGAUAGGGAACUCGAAGAGGAUGAUGAAGAAGAAUAUGUUGAGGUUUAG